AUGGUUCGCUUUCUGGUCUGUCCUCUCUGCGAUGGUUCUAGAGAGCCAUUGCAAACUUGCACGCAAAGCCGCCUUCUUUUUCUUUAUUCCCCUCUCUCUCUCUCUACCACGCACCUUUCUCUCUCUAAAACACACAAACCCCUACAUACUACAUAGUUCGUACGUGCAUACAUUUUGAAUGAAUAAAGCUAACCGUACAAAAUUUACUUGACAAGUGUACUGAAUUCUCAGCUGAAAAUGGCUUCACUACUCUCAACAACACCUUUUGCUACAGCUAUUUCAACACCAUCAUUCCGUACCUCUCUUUCUCCUCGUUCCACCAAAACCCUAAUCCAUUCCACAUCAACCAGACGAACAAUUCUCCCUCCUACCCGAGUCGCUGCUCCUCCAACCCCACCAUCACCAACCACCACCACACUUUCCCAAGAACAAGAUCAAUACCAGGAAAUUGAACUCCAAGUCGAAGAUGAAGACAAAGACGACACUUCCUCAUCCAAGUUCUCUUGGAGAGACCAUUGGUACCCAGUCUCUCUCAUCGAAGACCUCGACCCCAAUUCCCCGACCCCAUACCAGCUUCUCAACCGCGACCUCGUCCUCUGGUUCGACCGAUCCACCUCCGAAUGGGUCGCCUUCGACGACAAAUGCCCUCAUCGACUCGCCCCUCUCUCUGAAGGACGAAUAGAUGAAAAUGGGGACUUGCAGUGUUCGUACCACGGUUGGUCUUUUGAUCGGUGCGGAUCUUGUGUUCGGAUCCCUCAGGCGGCGACGGAGGGGCCUGAAGCUCGGGCUGUUCGAUCUCCGAGAGCCUGUGCCACCAAGUUUCCCACCAUGGUCUCUCAGGGUUUGCUCUUCGUUUGGCCUGAUGAGAACGGUUUGGAACGAGCUCGUGUUACCAAGCCUCCUAUGUUGCCUGAUGACUUUAAUAAUCCUGAAUUUUCAACGGUGACGAUUCAGCGUGAUUUGUUCUACGGCUACGAUACUCUCAUGGAAAAUGUCUCCGAUCCUUCCCACAUUGAUUUUGCUCAUCACAAGGUUACAGGGAGGAGAGACAGAGCCAAGCCUUUGCCAUUUAAGAUGGAGUCUACUGGCCACUGGGGCUUUGCUGGGUCAAAUGAUGAUAUUCCCAAAAUCAGUGCUAAAUUUGUUGCACCUUGUUAUUACAUUAAUAAAAUAGAGAUUGACACAAAGCUUCCCAUUGUGGGUGAUCAAAAAUGGAUAAUAUGGAUUUGUUCCUUCAAUGUACCAAUGGCACCUGGGAAGACCCGGUCAAUUGUUUGUAGUGCUCGAAAUUUCUUCCAGUUCACAAUGCCAGGUCCUGCAUGGUGGCAGGUGGUUCCUAGAUGGCAUGAGCAUUGGACUUCAAACAAGGUGUAUGACGGAGACAUGAUUGUGCUUCAGGGUCAAGAGAAAGUUUUUCUUUCAAAGUCGAUGGAAGGUUCUGGUGAUGUGAACAAGCAGUACUCGAAAAUCACAUUUACACCUACACAAGCUGAUCGUUUUGUCUUGGCAUUUCGAAAUUGGCUGAGGCGACAUGGCAACAGCCAACCUGAGUGGUUCGGCCCUAACCACCAACAACCGUUGCCUUCAAUAGUCCUAUCCAAACAUCAGAUGUUGGAUAGAUACGAGCAGCACACUCUUAAGUGUUCAUCAUGUAGAAGAGCUUACACAAAAUUCCAGGCGUUCCAAAAGUUCCUAAUUGCCGCAGCUGUUAUUUGUUCUGCAACAGCUGGGAUUCCUUCAGAAUUGCAGUUGCGGACUAUUUUGGGUGGACUUGCAAUUGUAAGUGCUGGCUUGGCUUAUGCUUUGCAUGAACUCCAGAAAAAUUUUGUUUUUGUUGAUUACGUCCAUGCUGAUAUUGAAUAAAUAAAAGAACAGGGUCUAGAGGCUACCAGUAAUGGUACAUCCAUCAUACUAGGAAUUAUAAACUGUUGUCUACAACAUUAAACAUGUUGAUUAUGUAAAUGCUGAAAUUGUAAGCACAAUUAACUGUUUUCAAUCUGUAGAAUUCAGUGCAUACUUGUAGAAUAAUGAAGAAUAGAUGAAAUGGAGAUUAUUGAACUUUGGACUCACAA